CUGGUCUUUGCAGCUUUAAGAGGCUCGCGCGGCCUGGAGGGUCUUGGCCGGCCGUCCCCUCCCCCACUCGCGCCUCAUCAUUUUGGGGGGCCCCGCGCCGCCCCCUCAGCGAGGCGCCUCCCACCCACCCCCGGGCGAGUCCGCCCCCUCACAGCGGCUGGACUCCCUGAGGCGCCCCGUGAAGGGGGAGGGGGUUGCAGUGACCACUUUCCUCCCCUAUUUCAGCCAAGUGGGCGAGAGAAAGAGAGGUCUGCCUCUCUCCCACCCCCCUUGAGGCGGCGGGGGGCCCCCAAUAUGGCGGCGGCCAAGGAGGAGGGGCCCGGAGCACGCGCCAGAGUGAGUGGGCGGGACCAAGUGCCAGUUUGAAGACAAAACUGAUGCAGUUUUUGGAAACCUUGGAGAAAAACGUGCUGACCUUGUCCAUACAGAAAUGGCAGAGAAAACUGUCCACAGCCUAACCCCUGCCUUUGACAGCCUGCCCUACAGAAUGCAGAACCGAACAGGCUCCACCAACUCACUGCUGGACAACAGUGAUUUUUUCCUAAACUCGGGGGACCUUACAGGGAUUCCAGUUGUUGGAAGCGAUAACGAGGAUGAGCAGAACUUCACCCCAAAGGAUGGUCUCCCUUCUGCCAUCCGCCCCGAUGAUAGUCGGGGAGACGGGAGGAGGGUUCGGGAUCAUAUUGUGGACAAUGAGAAAGACUUGCAGAUGCAAAACAUGAUCCAGAAGGACCUCUCUUCACCAUUUGACAAAGGACCCCCGAUAUUUAAGCCCAUUCGGAAAGAUUUCAGCAUAGGUAGAGAUGAUGGUAAGGAGGCUUUUUUGUCAAAGGAGAAAACCAGAGAAGGACCUUUUCAAGAGCGGGAUAAGCGCUUGGAGAAAAUGCCGAAGGAAUUGGACUCAAGACUGAAAAGCAGUUUCCUCGAUAAAUCAGUUUCUAAUCAAGUAGAAGAAACGUUACGGACACAGCUAGCACCACAAGCACCAGACACUAAUUUCAGGGAGUCUAGUUACUCAUUUACUAACAAGGAAUCAGUUGGUCAAGACCUCGGGAAUUCCUAUGCGCCGAAUAUCCGAAUUAAGGAAGAGCCUUUGGACAAUGACUAUGACAAGGCAUUGGCGCCUCAGCAGGGGCUGCUAAACAAAAUUAAGGACGAACCAGAGAAUACUGAGGAAUAUGGCCAGCAGCCAAAAACUCAGGAAGGGGAGCUGAAGAUCAGCGCUGUGUUUUCAGUCAGUGGUAGCCCUCUUGCUCCACAGCUGACAUCAGGUUUCCCGCCUAAUGCCCCUCCCUCUGGUAUGAACAAACUGCUUCCUUCGGUCCCAAGCACAGCAGUGCGGGUUUCCUGUUCGGGCUGUAAAAAGAUCCUCCAGAAGGGGCAAACAGCAUAUCAGAGGAAAGGUUCUACUCAGCUCUUCUGUUCCACACUGUGCCUGACUGGAUACACUGUUCCAGCCGCCCGACCACCAGCUUCUACCAAGAAAACCUGUUCCAGCUGCUCAAAAGAGAUUCUCAAUCCAAAGGAUGUGAUCACCGCUCAGUUCGACAAUACAAACUCCAGCAAGGAUUUCUGCAGUCAGUCAUGUCUUUCCAUAUAUGAAUUAAAAAGAAAACCUGUCGUCACCAUCCACACGAACAGCAUUUCCACCAAGUGCAGCAUGUGUCAGAAGAACGCAGUGAUUCGGCAUGAAGUGAACUACCAAAAUGUCGUGCACAAGCUCUGCAGUGACGCCUGCUUCUCCAAGUUUCGCUCAGCGAACAACUUGACCAUGAACUGCUGUGAAAACUGUGGGGGCUACUGUUAUAGCGCCUCAGGGCAGUGCCACAUGCUUCAAAUAGAGGGGCAGUCCAAGAAAUUUUGCAGCUCGACGUGUGUCACUGCAUACAAACAGAAGUCGGCAAAAAUCACUCCCUGUGCAUUGUGUAAAUCUCUGAGGUCUUCAGCUGAGAUGAUUGAAAGCACAAACAAUGUUGGGAAAACAGAGCUGUUUUGCUCUGUGAACUGCCUCUCUGCACACAGAGUCAAAAUGGUCACAUCUUCAGGUGUCCAAGUCCAGUGUAACAGCUGUAAGACCUCAGCCAUCCCUCAGUAUCACCUGGCUAUGUCCGAUGGGAGCAUACGCAACUUUUGCAGUUAUAGCUGUGUGGUAGCUUUCCAGAACUUGUUCAACAAGCCCACAGGAAUGAACUCCUCUGUGGUGCCCUUGUCGCAGGGCCAGGUGAUCGUCAGCAUCCCCUCGGGACCAACGGUUUCAGCAGCGGGCAACACUACCUCAACUGUCUCCCCCAGCUCUGUGAGCAGCUCGGCCGCAGCUGGGCUCCAGAGACUUGCGGCCCAAUCCCAGCAAGUCACCUUUGCCCGUACAGUUGUCAAACUCAAGUGUCAACACUGUAAUCGCCUCUUUGCAACCAAGCCUGAACUGCUUGAUUACAGGGGCAAAAUGUUCCAGUUCUGUGGGAAAACAUGCUGUGAUGAAUACAAGAAGAUAAACAGUGUAAUGUCGAUGUGUGAAUAUUGUAAAAUUGAGAAGAUUAUCAAAGAGACGGUGCGGUUCUCAGGCAUUGACAAGUCGUUCUGUAGUGAGGGCUGCAAGCUGCUGUAUAAGCACGACUUGGCCAAACGUUGGGGGAACCACUGUAAGAUGUGCAGCUAUUGUUUGCAGACGUCGCCCAAGUUGGUUCAGAAUCACUUUGGGGGAAAAGUAGAAGAGUUCUGCUCGGAAGACUGCAUGUCAAAGUUCACAGUUUUGUUCUAUCAAAUGUCAAAAUGCGAUGGCUGCAAAAGGCAGGGUAAGCUCAGCGAGUCCCUGAAAUGGCGAGGGGAAAUCAAGCACUUCUGCAACUUGCUGUGCAUUCUGAUGUUUUGCAAUCAGCAGUGCGCAUCAGACCCACCACCACCGCCUCCGCCGCCGCCGCCGCCACCACCACCACCCUCCCAGAACAAUACAGCAAAUCUUUCCAUGACUCCAACAUCUUCAGCAGGACCUCUUCCCUCUCUCCGAAAGGAUUCUACCCCAGUUAUUGCAAAUGUGGUGUCCCUCGCCAGUGCACCAGCCGCCCAGCCCACAGCAAAUUCCAAUAAUGUUUUGCAAGGUGCCGUUCCUACUGUAACAGCAAAGAUCAUUGGGGAUGCAAGUACCCAGACAGAUGCUCUGAAGCUGCCCCCUUCGCAGCCUCCCCGGCUUCUAAAGAACAAAGCUUUGCUGUGCAAGCCCAUAACGCAGACGAAGGCCACUUCUUGCAAGCCUCAUACACAGCACAAGGAAUGCCAGACAGAGGAGGAGGAGGAAGUUCCACCUAAGGUUCUUAUGGUGCCUGUUCCCGUACCAGUGUUUGUGCCAGUUCCUCUUCAUCUCUUCACCCAGUACACACCAGUUCCACUGGGACUGCCAAUACCCGUCCCAGUUCCCAUGUUCGUCCCCCCUGGUCCUGAGAAUGCUAGCAAGGCAAUAGAAUCCAUUCCAGACGUCAAGGAAAAGAACUCGGGCAACUCCUUUGAUGCAGAUCUCCUCCAGAUGGCAGAAAUGAUAGCAGAAGACGAGAAGGAUAAGGAACACUCUCAGGGAGGCUCCCAAACCUCUGACCAUGAGCUCUUCUUGGAUCCCAAGAUAUUCGAGAAAGACCAAGGCAGCACAUACAGCGGUGAUCUGGAAUCCGAAGCCGUGUCAACUCCUCACAGCUGGGAAGAUGAGCUGAACCACUAUGCCUUACGCUCAAAUGCCAUGCCGGAGCCAGAUCCGGAACCAAGGCAGUUUUCCAAAGGGGAGCUGGAGCAAGACUUGGAGGCUGACUUCCCUUCAGACUCCUUUGACCCAAUCAGCAGAGGGCUAGGACUUCAUUCGCGAGCACGAGCAAGGCGGAGACACAGAGAUGGUUUCCCACAACCAAAAAGAAGGGGGAGGAAGAAGUCCAUAGUAUCAGUGGAGCCCCGGAUGCUGGUGCAGAGUUCUUACCCUGGCUGUUCUGUUUCCGGGAUGAGUCUCAAGUACAUGUACGGGGUGAAUGCCUGGAAGAACUGGGUCCAGUGGAAAAACUCACAGGAAGACCAAGGAGAUCUGAAAUUCGGAGUUCGACCUGUGAAACUCAAAGAAGACAUCCUCUCCUGUUCUUUUGCGGAGCUGAGUUUUGGCUUGUGCCAGUUUAUCCAGGAGGUGCGGCGACCAAAUGGCGAAAAGUAUGAUCCCGACAGCAUUUUAUAUCUGUGCCUUGGAAUUCAGCAGUACCUGUUUGAAAAUGGUAGAAUAGACAACAUUUUUACCGAGCCCUACUCCAGGUUCAUGAUCGAACUCACAAAACUCUUAAAAAUCUGGGAGCCUACAAUACUUCCAAGUGGUUACAUGUUCUCAAGAAUCGAAGAGGAGCAUUUAUGGGAGUGCAAGCAGCUGGGUGCCUACUCUCCCAUCGUUCUCCUGAACACGCUUCUUUUCUUCAACACCAAAUAUUUCCAGCUUAAGAACGUCAGCGAGCAUAUGAAGCUAUCCUUUGCGCAUGUCAUGCGGCGCACCCGGACUCUGAAGUACAAUACCAAGCUGACUUACUUACGCUUCUUUCCUCCUUUCAAAAAGCAAGAAGUAGAAUCAGAUAAAUUAGUAGGCAAAAGAAAACGUCACGAGGGCGAGGAGGUCCCAAUUGCAGUGGAGAUGAUCGAGAACACGGACAACCCCUUGAGAUGUCCAGUCCGGCUGUAUGAAUUUUACUUGUCAAAGUGUUCCGAAAGCGUGAAGCAGAGAAGUGACGUCUUUUACCUCCAGCCAGAGCGUUCGUGCGUCCCCAAUAGCCCCAUGUGGUACUCCACUAUGCCAAUAGACCCCGGGACUUUGGACAUCAUGUUGACGCGCAUCCUUAUGGUCAGGGAGGUACAUGAAGAGCUUGCCAAAGUCAAACCGGAGGACUCUGAUCCUGAACUCUCAGACUAAAGAUGGGAGGAGGAGGUUGUGUUCUCUUUUUUUGUGGUUUUUAUUUUUUUCCUUACCCUUUCCAAUAACACCUUGUGAAAGCACCAAACUGUGAAGCCAUUGGGAAAUACUCUCUGUCGUGCCGAGGAACUUACCAGGAACUUCUCAGCAGGUGCCGUGUGAGCCAUAAUGGAGUGCAAACUAGAAUCUCAAAGGACAGAAAAACAGCAGAAAGGCGCAAGAAACCGAAGUCUACAUGGCUGGAGAUCAGUCCUGAAAAACACACUCUUUUAAGAUGAACAUCAUACCUGCCCCUCCCUCCUAAGUGGUGCUUGUUUUGGGAUAAAAACCGAUUAUGGAUUUUUUUUCCUUAAAAGGAAACCUGUUGUGUAUAUCAUUAUCCCCUGUAACCAUGGAAGCAAAGAGAGCUAGAGUCAGUCUGGGCUGGUGGUGUGACCUGGCCGCCACAGACACAUCUGUGGGGUUUAUGGACACUUCUUCCAUACGGUGCAAGGCAAAACUAGUAAGGUGUAAACCAGUGGAAACGCUGCUGUAACACAAACACACACACAUACACACACCAAUUCCCUUCCUUCUUUUUAUUAUUAUUUUUUAACUUGGAUCUGAUGUUUAGUAAGGCUGAUUCAGCCAAAAGCUAGAAGGAAGGAGCAUAAGGAUUCUGUUGUCAGAGGGGAGAACUUGGCGGGGAUACCACAACAUUCCCAUGCUUUUCAAACUACGGCUCCAUUGGGCCUUUCACUGGGCAGCUGCUGAGCACUGACCUGAUUAUUUUAUUAGAAGAUGAGUAAUUCCAGAGUGUAAACACAUAGUUUGCCCCCCAAAUCCCUCCUCUAUCCAUCUUUUCUGCCUGCUGUCAAAUGCCAACGUGCACAGAAACGUAGCUUUGAGGUGUCCUUUUUUUCACUGGCAGCUUAACUUCCUCCUCUAUCCUGUCUGGAAUUCUUUUUAAAAUAUCUAUAUACUACUAUUCUGGAUGGAAAGACCCUUCUGGCUUUUGUCAAAAUUAAUUUUUAAUUCUCUGUCUCUCUCUCUGUCUCUCUCUCUCUCUCUCUUUUUAAAAAGUAUAUUCUCCCUCCCAUUUACCCUCCUCAUGCUGUUUGCUCUCCAAAGACACAGAAAAAAUAAUAUCCAGACCUGAAAGAAAAUUUUCAGUGGCGUGGCUGUUACCAUCCCAUCCCCCUCCCCAGGUGGAAAUCCCUUCUCAUCCUUCAUCAGGUUAGAUGCAUUUCACCAUGUCCUCAAAUACAAAUUUGGGUUUUUUUAUGUCUCACUGGUAACUUGUAAGUUCAGACUAUUUUUAAAAGCAGAAAACUGUAUAUACUGGCAGUUUUGUCCAAGUUUCAAAUUUCUAAAAUAAGAGUUCUGUUUUUUCUUAAACAAAACAAAAAAACCCUCUGGCUGAAAAAUCUCAACAGCUUUGAACAAAACCUCCUUUUGUGUGCAUGUAUGCGUGCGUGCGUGCGUGCGUGUGCGCACGUUUGAGGUUUUCUUUUUAGCCGUAACAAAGGUUAACAAUAGAAGCAGAACAUUUAGAGUCUCUCUUGCCAUUGUGUCCUCGGUAGUACUGUUCCUGCCUGUAAUGAAAUUCUAAUGUAUUUUUUAAAUACAGAAAAUUGUGUGAAAUAAGUUUUGUUUUUGUAACCCCAUCCCUGUUCUUGAUUUCUGUACAAUCUUUGUCUCUUUCCUUUAUCAGUAAUUUCUGAACAAAGAUCCCCUCUUUAAUUUUAUAUCCUGAUGUUUAAAAAAUUGGAAAAAAAGAGGAGGAAAGGUUGAAACUGGCCAUAAACUUUGCAGCAAACUUCCUAGAUUUUGAAGUCCAUGAAUUUUUUCCUAAGUGUUUUAAAAUACUAAUAUCCCCCCCCCCAACGCCCUCUCUCCUCCCCAUUGUAGCUGUAUGAAUAUGUAGCUAAAUAGCAAACACACUGUUAACUGGUUUUUGACAGCAAAUAUGGUUUUCUUGACGUUUAAAAGAACUGAAGUCCCUCACAAUUUUUUUUCUUUAAAAAACCCCCAACUUUUAAAAAAUGACAACAGAUACAAUCCGUUUAUUUGUACGGCUAUUAAAAAAAACAAAAAAAGAAAAUUUUUUAAAAAGUGGUGUCUUGGUUGCAUGUAAGUUUGCCCAGAGUCCUUAUACUAAUCUGUAAUGGAGAAAGCCCACAGUAGGUGGGGAAUUCCUCAGAAGUGCAGCUAUUUAUGUCUGUCAGAUUGUUUCUUUAUUUUUUUUCUUAGAAAUUGUGUGAAUUAAUUUUUUUUCUUCAGGGAAUUAAUAAGCAAGGGAAAUAUCCAAACCAUCUUGUUGAAUUCUUAAAUGAAAAACUUUUCGUGGGUUUUCCCUUGAUAGAAGUUAACAGACAGAUUCCCGUAGAAUAAAGCAGUAUAUUUGUA